AUGGUAUCAGAGCUAGAUGCUCAUCGAAAUCAAGAAGACAAAGAAGAGACUCAGAUUAACACCGAUGAUUCUUCUUCCAGCGAUUACCUUUCAUCUUCUCUAACAAAUAGUUCGAACGACGAAAGAUCAAGAAUGUCUAGAAAGAAGAAAUACGAAAAUGAUGUGCUAACAAUGCAUAACUCAGAUCAUACAAGUGCGAUUAUAUGUACUACUAUUUUUAAUGGCGGAAAUUAUAUUGGCUGGAGCAGUGGUAUGCGAUUAGCGCUAGAAGCAAAAUCAAAGUUAGGGUUUAUUGAUGGAUCUUUAGUUGUACGAAAAGAAUCAGAAGUAUUUGAUAAAUGGCGAAAGAUGGACUGUUUAGUUCGUUCUUGGAUUCUGAACACUAUGUCGGAUGAGAUUAAAUCAAACUAUUCUUCCACAACCACAGCGUUAGACUUAUGGCUUGAUAUCAAAGAACGAUAUCAAGAAAACAACGGUCCACAAUCUUAUCAGAUCCAAAAGGCCAUUAGUAACCUGAGACAAGAUCAACCAGAAUCAUCAUCAAAUCAGAAUUCUAAAUUCAGUAACAUUGAAAUUGCUGAUGUGGUGAAAGAAGUCAUAAAAGGACUGCAAACCCAAAGAAAAUGUAAAGACAAGUACAGCGAAGGAUGUUAA